AUGGCCCAGCCGCCGCCCGACGUCAGUGAGGACGAGUGUCUCCCUGAGUACCGCCAUCUCUUCUGCCCCGACCUGCUCUGGGACAAAGCGGCCUUCAUCCCAGGUGGCGGCUCUGGGAUCGGGUUCCGGAUUGCUGAGAUUUUUAUGCGGCACGGCUGCCACACAGUCAUCGCCAGCAGAAGCCUUCUAAGAGUGUCAAAGGCUGCGGGAAAGCUGACUGCCGCCACUGGCCGGCGGUGCCUCCCUUUAUCUCUGGAUGUUCGGGCUCUCCCAGCCGUCGCGGCUGCCCUGGACCAGGCGCUGAAGGAGUUUGGGAAAAUCGACAUUCUUGUUAACUGUGCAGCUGGAAACUUCCUGUGCCCUGCCAGCACAUUGUCCUUCAAUGCCUUUAAGACCGUGAUGGACAUCGACACCUUGGGCACCUUCAGCACAUCUCGUGUGCUUUAUGAAAAGUUCUUCAAGAUUUUGGUCUCCUACAUCUUUGCCUCACCACCUGCUUUCCGGGAAACCCAGACUAACACGUGCAUUCACGAGGGCUCAUCCUCAGAGGACCCAGGGUGA